AAAAUCUUUUGGCAAGCUUCGACAUCUCAUCAUCAACCGCCGAAUACACCACAACACCAACUGACCAACCAACCCCCACACGGCACGACUGCACCCCCCCGACGCCUCACGCCCCUCUUGACCACCACCACCUACUUUCCUCCCUUACCACUCUAUCCUUCUCCCCAGUCAACAAUGGAUCACUCCCGCGAUCCCUGCCCUUGGGUCAUUAUCAAUGACUUCGGUGGUGCUUUCUCUAUGGGAGCAGUCGGUGGUGCUGUUUGGCACGGUGUCAAGGGUUUCCGCAACUCUCCUGCUGGUGAACGACGAAUCGGUGCCCUCACAGCUAUCAAGGCCCGUGCUCCGGUCCUAGCCGGAAACUUUGGUGUCUGGGGUGGUCUCUUCUCGACGUUCGACUGUGCCGUCAAGGGAGUGCGCGCGAAGGAGGACCCUUGGAAUGCUAUCAUUGCCGGUUUCUUCACUGGAGGAGCGCUUGCUGUCCGUGGAGGUUGGAAGGCCGCCCGGAACUCCGCCAUUAGUUGCGGUAUCUUGCUCGCUAUUAUUGAGGGUGCGGGUAUCGGUCUCAACCGGAUGAUGGCGGGAAACAACAGGCCGCAGAAUCCACCUUUGCCGUCGGAAAGCUCAACGGUCGGGGCCCUCCCUGCAUAAGCCCUCUGUUUUUCACAUUCACUUGAUCGGACCGGAUUGUAUGAAAUUUUCUUAAAAAUAGUCUUUGUGUGUGUGGGUGUGACUUUUACUACGGCUCGGCAAAUUGGGGAUAUGGGUUAGUUACGUCUUCUUUCUUACGACUGGGUGUACGGCACGCAUCUCUACUCUAUAUCGGUUGGUGGACCACAUGAACAUGUGGGCUUGGGGGAGGGAGUGUCCAGUAAAGCUGGCUGGCUUCGACUGGACGGACGGGUGUUUAUGGGGACAGCUGUUGUACGAUACGCGAUUGACGUUGGGCGCACUGGCAUUUGUUUUGGGGGGUGUUGCGUCUUGUAUGUGCACAUGUGUUUUUGCUUCUUGUUUGAGGGUUGCUUUACUAUGGUAGCGAACAAAACAUAGAGUGGUGUUAAGCCUAGAUUGAGGACCCAGAGCAGAGAUCUACAUGUAGGCAAUC